AUGGAUUCAGCCCCUGAUCUUAUUACAGAACAGGAUGGAACCUUUAUGAUUGGUGGUGACGCUGCAAUGCAGCGGAUGAUAGCUCCUGAUUUUAUUCGUCGGAAUCAAAAUGUAGUGCUUGGGGCAGUUGAUGGGCACGAGAAUCCAAUGGCAGAUGAGUUCUUUAAAAUCUGCUAUCAGUUAUCAAAUCUGCUCGAACGAAUUUGUGAGUACCAGAAGAAGCAAAGUGGAGACACUGAAGACAUUACCAUGGAUUAUAAAUAUGAUGGAUCAUCUGCCCUCUUGGUUGAGCUCAGAUAUCUGCACGGGAGAUUUUGUAGCUUACUCUCUUCCUCGACAGUGUUUGUUGCUAAGAUAGAGAAACUACAAAAGGAAGCAAAAAGGGACAAGACCGGGGCUAACCGAUCAUGGAAUUUCAUGAUACCUGGAUUUGUAACUGCUGUUGGAUCUUUGUAUUUCCUUGGCCACCGUUGGUUGAGUGGCUUAGGAAUUUUCAUAGGGGGAGUGACUCACUUCGGCAAAAAGUGGUCAUCAUCCAAGUUUCAUAAAGAGGCAACGCUUUUUGACAAGUCAAAGGAUUUUACAACAUCGUGCAAGAAACAAUCUGAGGAGACUGUUGCAAGAGACUUUGUCACAUACCGAUGCAUGUGCCAAUAUUGUUCAACUAGGAAAAACGGAGGUGAUGAACAAGUGGGAAUCCAUGUGAAGAGUACUAUUUUGAAGAAUUGAGGAUCGUUGCUAGAUCAAGAAACACCCGGAGGACAUAUGCAAUUAGAAAAUUGAACGAGAUUGUCUAUCACAAUCAAAUCAUUUGGGUCUUUUUAGAUGGAAAUACUGCAAUUUUUGUUACAAGUGUUUGUGUUUGUUCAAUGAAAAUAUGAAUUUUGAUCAUCAAGUUUUUUUC